AAUCUGACACCUUUUACAGUUUAACUGCCACUUUUAUCAUUCCAUUUUUUCCAAUUUCACAAACUCACUCACAGAAUUUUCCCUUUAGCAAUUCGCACCUUCAUAAUAAUCAUUCAUUUUCCCUAUUCGAUUUUUUUUUUAAAUUUAAAUUUCUAUGAUUUUAUUUUAUUUUAUUUCUUUUGUUUUUCGUCUUCGGGGAUAAAUCUCUCGGUUUUCUCAAACUAGUUUCUUCUGAUGUUUCAAUAGGGUUUCGAAUUUUCCUCUGUUUCCCUCUUAGACUCUCUCUCUGCUUUGGUUUUCUCAGAUUUUUCCAAGUUCGCGGCUCUUCCAGGUUGAAUUUGGUAGGUUUUUUCAAUUUAGGGUUAGGGUUUUGUGCGUUCUAGUCAAUGGUUUGUUGCGUGCACAUUUAAUUAACUGUUUUUUUUCCAUUUCCGUACCCGCUUCAGUUUCUUCGUAGGUUCUGUUGCAGUGAGAAAUGGGCACUUUCUCCUUUUGAUUUUCCCGUCGAAUCAAGCAUCAAAAUCCGAGCUUUUUCUUUUUUGCAAGUGGUUUUUUUGAUUUGGGGUAGAUUUUUUUCUUUCUUUUUUUGGGCUUCGUAGUGCAUUGAAUUGGCGCGGCAUUCACUUGAAUUUGCAACGUGGGAGCCGGAGCUGCGAUGAAGUGUGGUGCUUGGAGGGUAUUCUCAAAGUAGCACUUAAUUCGAGGUUGAAUGUUUGGUCAGAGCAUGGAUUCUGCAAGGGAUGCUGCGGGUGGUGUGGCAGGGACAGUGCUAAUUCCCAUGCGUUUUGUGUGGCCAUAUGGAGGAAGGAGUGUGUUUCUCAGUGGUUCUUUCACACGGUGGUUGGAGCUUCUACCGAUGUCGCCAGUGGAAGGUUGUCCAACUGUGUUUCAAGUGAUUUAUAACUUGCCACCCGGUUACCAUCAGUACAAGUUUUUUGUUGAUGGAGAAUGGCGGCAUGAUGAACAUCAACCUUAUGUACCUGGAGAAUAUGGGAUAGUCAACACUGUCUUAUUGGCCACUGAUCCUAACUACAUGCCUGUUUUACCUCCAGACGUUGCUUCUGGAAAUAGCAUGGAUGUGGAUAAUGAUGCUUUUCGCCGAAUGCAGGCCCGGUUGACCGAUGGUACUUUGAGUGAGGUGCUGCCAAGAAUAUCAGAUACUGAUGUACAAAUAUCCCGUCAGCGUAUUUCUGCAUUUCUAUCUUCACACACCGCUUAUGAAUUACUUCCCGAGUCAGGCAAGGUUGUUGCUUUGGAUGUUGAUCUACCAGUGAAACAGGCAUUUCAUAUAUUGCAUGAGCAGGGAGUUUUCAUGGCUCCUCUUUGGGACUUCUGCAAGGGGCAAUUUGUUGGUGUUCUUAGUGCUUCGGAUUUUAUUUUAAUUUUAAGAGAGCUGGGGAAUCAUGGAUCCAAUCUGACAGAAGAGGAGCUUGAAACACAUACCAUAUCAGCUUGGAAAGAAGGAAAAUCGUAUCUAAAUAGACAGAACAAUGGACAUGGAACUGCAUUUUCAAGAUGUUUUAUCCAUGCAGGGCCAUAUGAUAAUCUGAAAGAUAUUGCCAUGAAGAUCUUGCAAAAGGAGGUUUCAACUGUUCCUAUUAUCCAUUCAUCUUCUGAAGAUGCUUCAUUUCCACAGUUACUACAUCUUGCUUCACUUUCAGGAAUACUUAAAUGCAUUUGUAGGUAUUUUAGGCACUGCUCUAGUUCCUUGCCUGUACUUCAACUUCCAAUCUGUGCAAUACCUGUGGGCACGUGGGUGCCCAAAAUUGGGGAAUCAAAUCGGCGGCCUCUAGCAAUGUUGAGACCAACCGCUUCUCUUGCGUCAGCCCUAAAUUUAUUAGUUCAAGCCCAAGUAAGCUCAAUACCAAUAGUUGAUGAUAAUGACUCAUUAUUGGAUAUAUACUGUCGGAGUGACAUAACAGCUUUGGCAAAGAACAGAGCAUAUACACAUAUUAAUCUUGACGAAAUGACUGUUCAUCAGGCUUUGCAGUUGGGCCAGGACGCAUAUAGUCCCUAUGAGCUUAGAAGUCAAAGAUGUCAGAUGUGUUUGCGUUCUGAUCCUCUGCAUAAAGUGAUGGAACGCUUGGCAAAUCCAGGUGUCAGGCGGCUUGUCAUCGUGGAAGCUGGCAGCAAGCGUGUAGAAGGCAUUGUUUCAUUGAGUGACAUAUUCAAGUUCUUCAUUGGUGGUUAGUUUUGGAUUGGUGAAUGGAGAAGUAAAAUGGUAUGUGCUGUGGUUAUGACACUUAAGCAUCCAUACAACUAGCCAUCAUCACUUGUCCAAACCAUUGAAAGUGCUUUCUACACGGUGAUUUUAUCUCUCAUUUCAUUGUAAUACAAUUGGAUUGGCCUCUUGCUUUAUUGCCUCUUUUUAAGAUUUUAGGCUGAGAAAGAGGCCUGUAAAUUCAGAGUAUUUGAUUGCCCAAAAUUUAUUCAUCUCUCCCCAUUCGUAUUAUCUUCAAAUGUAUUGUGCUCCUGACAUAGAUACCAGCAAGGUGGGGGAGCACAACUUCUGUAAUCAUUCCAUGCUGUGAAGAUAUCAAGUUUGAAGAAAAAAAAAUGAGGAUGAAGAUUGAGAUACUGUUGUUUUAUAUUUCUUGAUUAGUAAUCCUUACUUACGGUUUGAUUGUUUACCUUACUUAUGAACAACUUUAGCCGGAGUAGCUUAUGAAUAAGGAACCGUUGCAUAUGAAGUUGUAUCAUUAGAGGAGCUGAUGCUGAUGUGAACAAAAAAAAAUAAAAAACUAUAAGCAGCAAUUGUUUGUAUAAGU